GUGCGGCCAGUCGGCGUCCCGGAAGCCGCGAGUUUCGGCGUCCGAGCCAGUGAAUGACAGCAGCGCCGCCCGCCGGUCACAGCCGUGGCCCCGCUGGCGUCCCGAGCCUCCUGUCAGCGCGCCCCUCGGGAAGGCGAGCGGCGUGCCCGUGGCCCAGAGGGGCCUCCCCGCUCUCCCCGGCCCCUACCCCGCUGUCCCUCCGCUGCCGGCGCCAUGGGCAGCGAGCAGAGCGCGGAGGCCGAGAGCCGCCCCGGCGAUCUGAACGCCUCAGUGACCCCAUCUCCAGCUAAACAUCGGGCCAAGAUGGAUGACAUUGUGGUGGUAGCUCAGGGCUCUCAGGCCUCCAGGAAUGUCAGCAAUGAUCCUGAUGUCAUCAAGCUGCAAGAGAUUCCAACCUUCCAGCCCCUUUUAAAAGGGCUCUUGAGUGGACAGACAUCCCCAACAAAUGCCAAACUGGAGAAGCUGGACUCUCAGCAGGUGUUACAGCUCUGCCUGCGGUACCAAGAUCACCUGCACCAGUGUGCAGAAGCGGUUGCUUUUGAUCAGAAUGCUCUAGUCAAGCGAAUCAAAGAGAUGGAUCUGUCCGUGGAAACCCUCUUUUGCUUCAUGCAGGAGCGCCAGAAAAGAUACGCCAAGUAUGCAGAGCAGAUCCAGAAGGUGAAUGAGAUGUCGGCCAUACUGCGCCGCAUCCAGAUGGGCAUUGACCAGACGGUGCCACUGAUGGAGAGGCUCAACAGCAUGCUGCCAGAGGCCGAGCGCCUGGAGCCCUUCAGCAUGCGGCCUGAGCGUGAGCGGCACUAGCAGGCACCUGCCUCCCGAGCAGCUCCUUCAGCCUCUGCCUGGGCCCUGAUGUUUGCUUAGAUGUGGUUGACCUACACGGACUUGCCCACGUGGUCAUUCUUGAUAACUGAAGAUGGGACAGUUGAAUUCCUUUGAAUUCUUUAAAGAACUUUGCAUCGAGA